AUGCCAAUUGCCGGCGCUUCCUCAAGCCUGCUAACCACCCUGCGAUUUUGCGCAUUAGUAUCCUCAGAGCUCCGCGACAAAUACACCACGAUUAUUGAUGAUAUCUUGGCUAAAAGCGACCUUACCACCAUCUCUGAGAAGCGGAUUCGCAAGGGUCUCCAGGAUGUCGUCGGGCAUGAUCUCACUCCGCAGAAGGCUGCCAUCAAGCAGCUCAUUAUGGAACGCUUCGACCGGUAUGCCGAGCAGGAUGGCCUGGGCGGGUCACCCGAGGAAACAGCUACAAGCAAUGGCCAGCGCGAUUCAGCAUCGGCCGCAGAUCGAUCCCCACCUGCUUCCUCGUCUCCCGUCAAGCGCCAUGCCUCCAGUGACGGCACCUCCGAGCCCGCGAGCGCAUCACCGCCGGCCAAGAAACAAAAGCCCGAUGAUGAGUUCGAUGCCGAUGCAGCGUUUGCCGCGAAGCUGCAGGCCGAGGAAAAUUCGCGCGCGCGACCCACCCGAGGAGGUAACACCCGUCGUGCAGCUCCUAAAAAGAAGAGCAAGGCCAAGACCUCCAAGAGGGUGAAGGCCUCUGAUGAUUCCGAUAUCGCUUCUGGCGAAGAAACCAAGAAGGAGGUCAACAGGAAUACGGGAUUCCACAAACCACUUAACCUGUCCGAGCCGUUGUCCGCACUCCUUGGAGAAGUGACGCUCUCACGGCCACAAACAGUGAAGAAGGUAUGGCAAUACAUCCGCGAGAAUGAGCUCCAAGAUCCUAGCGACCGCCGCCAAAUCCGAUGCGACGACGCCAUGCGCGCCGUCUUCAAGCAAGAUCGCGUGCAUAUGUUCACCAUGACGAAAAUCCUGAACCAGAAUUUGUACAACCCCGACGAAUAG